AGCUGAUGUGUUUCAAUGAUGAUGCAGCGAUCUUUCUAAUGACGGAUGCUGUAUCAUCUUUAUUUUUUAUAUAAAACUAAAGACAAUAAUAUUGAAGACGAACAAAGUUUUUUAGUAAUUCUUGAAUUUAUUACAUGUAUUUUGAUGCAUUUAAUAAUGAUGAUUAAUAAGAUCCAUUAAUUUACACUUAUUGAUGUAAAAUUUAUCACAGUGUGGUUAGAACAGUAUUUUUAAAGUUUUUUUAUAGAUUAAAAUAAAGAAUAUUAGAAAAAGAAUAAGAAAAGAGAAAUGUGUUACUAGGAAGAGAUACAUGGACAUGUGUAUAUGUGAAAGAAGAAAAAUUCGCAUUACUUUCAGAAAUACUGUACAUAAUUAAUUUUAUUUGUAUUUUUUUAAGAGUAAAUUCUAUUGAUACACUUAUUAUUUUUUAUACAAAUAUGUGUACCUCUAUAAAAAAUAAGGAUCCCCCACAAUGCGAAGAUGUAUUGCAAUGCAUCAAAAUGUUGUGCUGUAAAAUCCUGCGAUAUAUAAUCAUAGAACUACAUUUUCUCUUUGAUUGCAUUGUAGAUUUUAUUUUUGGUCUAUAUUAUAAUUCAAAGGCAAAGAAAGUACCACCAGUGAAAAACAAUCUGUUGUUAGAAAGUGCUGUCUCUUUAGCGGAGAAAAUCAGGACAAAAAAAGUUACAUCAGAAGAGGUUGUAACGACAUAUAUUGAAAGAUGCAAAGAAGUGAAUGGCUUAAUAAAUGCAGUUGUAGAGGAUAGAUACUCAGAUGCAAUUAAAGAAGCUAAAGUAGUGGAUGCUACGAUAGAAAAAUGUACGGAUUUGGAGAAAAUAAGAAUAACAUUGCCAUUUUUUGGAGUUCCCUUUACUACAAAAGAAAGCAAUUGCGCUAAGGGAUUAAUCCAUUCUAUGGGCUUGCUCUGCCGCCGUAAUUAUCGUUCUGAGGAGGAUGCCACAACAGUUCGUUUUCUCAAGGAAGCUGGUGGAAUUUUGAUUGCGAAAACCAAUGUUCCUGAACUCAAUUUAUGGAUAGAAACAAGGAAUAAUCUAUAUGGACAGACAAAUAAUCCUUAUGAUAUUACUAGAACAGUGGGAGGUAGUAGUGGUGGGGAGGGAGCUAUAGUAGCAGCAUGUGGGGCUCCAUUUUCCAUCUGUAGUGAUAUAGGAGGCUCUACGAGGAUGCCUGCGUUCUUUAAUGGAUUAUUUGGUCACAAACCUAGUGAAGGAUUGACACCAGUAGCUGGAAUUGGAUUGCGUGAGACUGAUUAUCCGGACACCAUGGUAGCAGCUGGGCCACUCUGUAAAAAAGCUGAAGAUCUAAUACUUAUAAAGUAUUAACAUUAAUUACACAAAUUAAAGCUGGAUGAGCCAGUAAAAAUGAAGAAUUUAAAAGUGUUCUACCAAGAGAGUUCUGGUGAUUUGAGAGCGAGCAAAAUCAAUAGGACUAUGCAAGCUACAUUACUUAAAGUGAUACAACAUUUUAGAGAACUCACAGGUUCUGCUACAAAGAUUAAAAUACCAGGCUCUGAGUAUAGCUACAAACUGUGGAGAUAUUGGAUGACUGCUGAAAAUGUAAAUUUUAAAUUGAAUAUAACAGAUCGAAAGUAUGUUACUAGUGCAAAAAGAGAAGUGUUUAAUCUACUUACUGGAAACUCACAAUUGACAUUGGCUGCUAUUAUCAAAUUGAUAGAUGAGGACUUUUUACCACAGGAAAAUGAGGAAUGGGCAAAACACAUCACUGCAAAAAUGAAACAAUUUUUGAUGGAAAAAUUGGGUGAUAAUGGAGUGUUAUUUUAUCCUUCGGCUCCAUAUCCUGCCGGCUAUCAUUAUUCCAUGUAUCUACGACCUUUCAAUUUUGGCUAUUGGUGUCUAUUCAAUGUUUUACGAUUCCCAGCUUGCCAAGUGCCAUUGGGUUUGGAUGAACAGGGUUUGCCAAUUGGAAUUCAGGUAGUAGCAGCUCCUUAUAAUGAUCAUCUGUGUUUAGCAGUAGCCAAAGAACUCGAAGCAACAUUCGGCGGAUGGGUUCCACCAUCGUAAAUUAUAUACAAAAUACUAAUAACUUUUUAUUAGGCCUUUUUAUAAGGCCUUUAUUUCUUUAAUCAUCUUAUGAUAAUUAUAUUACUAUAAUAACGAGAUUAGAAACAAGAAAUUAUUUAAAUUUUAUUUAAAUUAUUUAAAUUUUUUUGCAAGAUAUAAUAGAACUCAUUUUAAAGAGCGCUGAACAAAAAUUCAGUAAUUAUUUUCAAAAGAAAAUGUCUUAUUGAUAAUAUUUAAAGUAUUUGACGAUUUUUCACAAAAUAAUAGGAUUUUUAUCAUAAAUUAAUAUGGACAAGUUCUGUGUGUUCUUCUCUUUGCAUCCAUAAUGUAACGCACAUAUAUAAUGUAAUACACUAUACAUGUUUUAUAUAA